AUGGCUUAUGGGUUUUGCGAGUCCGCUCUUUCUAACUGCGUGGGAACACUGCUCGCGGAUUGGUUGGUGAAGCCAGUAGAACGUCAAUUUAAUUACAUUUUCGGUUUUCACCAAAAUGUUGACAAGUUCAAGGAAAGAAAAGAAGAACUGACAAUGGCACGAGCUCGGCUGCAACAUGAGAUUGAGGAUGCUGAAAGGCAACUUCAAGGAAUUGAAGAUGAUGUCAGAGACUUCCUAUCAAAGGCAAACAAAAUCCUAUCAGAUAUGAAAACUCUGGAAAAUGAAAUCCAACAAAAUAUGAGAUGUUUCAAUUGGUGUCCUAAUUGGAGUUGGCGGUACCAAUUAAGCAAGAAAGCAAUGAAGAACACUCUUGUUAUUGGUGAGCUUAUUGAGAAGAUCGCCAAAUUUGGUCAACCUGGACGAGUGGGCUACCGUUCACCUAGUACAAAUCCGACCAUAGAAUUUCUCUCAUCUAAGGGUUUUAUGGUUUUUGAAUCUUCAAAAAAAGCUUUCGAUCAGAUAAUUGAAGCCUUACAGAAUGACAAGGUCAGCAUGAUUGCAUUGUGGGGGAUGCCAAGGGUGGGCAAGACGACCUUAGUCCAUGAAGUUGGAAUUCAUUCCAAAAAAUUAAAUCUGUUUGACAAAGUUGCGAUUGCUACUGUGUCUCAAAAGCCAAACUUUGAAACAAUUCAAGAUGAAAUUGCAAAAUACUUGGAUUUCGAUAUGAAGAAUGCCCAAGGAAGAAGAUCAAUCCAAGAGCUCUGGUUGAAACUGCAGAAGGAGAAAAGGAUUCUAAUAAUCUUUGAUGAUGUUUGGGCAAAAAUUGACUUGAAGGAGGAGAUAGGAAUUCCAUUUGCUGAGGAUCAUAAAGGCUGCAAAAUUCUUUUAACAACUAGCCGUCAACAAGUAUGUGAUGCUAUGGAAUGUCAAAGGACAAUGCCACUUGGUUGUUUAGAAGACAAUGAAGCUCGGACUUUAUUUAACACCAAAGCUGGUUUAAACGACUCUUCUGAUGCUUCUAUUAAAGAUGUGGCAACUAAAGUUAUCAAAAAAUGUGAAGGUCUGCCCAUAGCUAUAGUUACAUUGGCAAGUGCUCUGAAAGGUAAAAGUCGUCAUGGGUGGGAAGCAGCAUAUCGGGGGACUCGAAAACCGUACAUUGGUUGA